AUGAAUUCAAAUCUUGCGUACAUCAACCCUGGUGGUACUCAAGCGCGAAAAAUCAAUGCACUGGAUAUAAAUAUGAUAGCUGCGCGGGGACUCCAGGAUGUAUUAAAAACAAAUUUGGGCCCACGUGGGACGAUGAAGAUGCUUGUUUCAGGUGCUGGGCUCAUUAAGAUUACAAAAGAUGGAAACACACUACUUGGAGAGAUGCAGAUUCAACACCCAACGGCUUCACUUAUUGCCCGUGCGGCGACCGCAAUAGACGAUAUUACGGGAGAUGGUACCACAAGUACGGUGUUGGUGAUUGGUGAGAUGAUGCGUCAAUGUGAGCGCUAUAUUAAUGAGGGUAUCCAUCCUCGAAUAUUAACAGAGGGGUUGCAUCUUGCCUAUAAUGAGGCUCUCAAAUUUUUGCAACUUAAUACUAUUAGUAUUCCAAAAAAAGAAAACCGUGAAUACUUAACUAAUGUUGCUCGCACUGCGCUCAGUACCAAAGUGAAUCCUUCGCUUUCCGAAAUAAUUUCUGAAGCCGUUGUUGAUUCAGUUUACGCGGUGGCGGACAAGGAAAACGGGGUUGAUCUUCAUAUGGUAGAAGUGAUGCACAUGAAGCACCGGCUCAGUUCCGAUACUCGAUUUGUAAAUGGGAUUGUUUUGGACCAUGGCGGCCGAAACCCUGAUAUGCCGAAAUAUUUGGAAAACGCAUAUAUUCUAACGUGUAAUGUGUCCCUUGAGUAUGAGCGAUCGGAACUCUCAACAGGAUUCUACUACAAGAAUCCUACCGAGAAAGCACGCAUGGUGGAAGCCGAGCGCAAAAUGACCGAUGAUCGAACCAGGCAAAUUAUUCAGUUGAAGAAUGAAAUUUGUACAAAGGAUAAUGGUCGCACCUUUGUGGUUAUUAACCAAAAAGGAAUUGAUCCGAUCGCUUUGGAGAUGUUUGCCAAGGAAGGGAUUUUGGCCCUGCGACGUGCUAAACGCCGUAAUAUGGAACGUUUGGUUCUUGCUUGUGGUGGUGAGGCUGUUAAUACGACGGACAACUUGACUCCCGAGGUUUUAGGAGAAGCUGGUCUUAUUCAAGUUCACACACUCGGCGAUGAUACGUACACGUUCGUGGAAAAUUCGAAGAAGGGUAAGAGCUGUACGCUGUUGGUAAAGGGUCCGAAUGAUCACACCAUCGCUCAAAUUAAGGAUGCCGUUCGGGAUGGUCUCCGUGCAGUCAAGAAUGCAUAUGAGUCCUCUGCUGUUAUUGCGGGAGCUGGGGCUUUUGAAGUUGCUUUGCACGGACACUUGUGCAAUUUUGCAAAGUCCGUGAGUGGUAAGCAUAAAAUGGGCAUAGCGGCAUACGCGGAUGCUCUACUUGUUAUUCCAAAGGUACUUGCAGAGAACUCAGGCUUGGAUGUGCAGGAAUGCCUCAUUACAUUUCAAGAAAAAAGCAGCAUCGCAAGAAAAGAGGGCAAAUGGGCUGGACUCUGCUUAGAUACCGGAGACGUCCAGGAUCCAAUUGCGACUGGUGUUUUGGAUAGCGUUAUUGUAAAACGGAACUUACUAGAAUCAAGUGGUGAAAUCGUUGCUCAGCUCAUUCUUGUCGAUGAAAUUAUGAAAGCAGGCCGUCGCGGCGCUGGAGGUCCACCGCAAGCAUAA